AUGUCUCGUCCUCAGGUCAGCAUCGACCGUCUCACUCCGAGACGCGUUACUGUCGAGCCUCGCGAGUCGAUGAACUGCAAAUCCUGUCGAAAGAGAAAGAUCAAAUGCAAUCGCAUGCGCCCUAGCUGUGAAGCCUGCAAGGUCUUUCAAUGCCCUUGUAUCUACGCCGUAGAUGCCGUUCCCAAAAAGAGAGGCCCAAAAACAGACGUCCUGGAAGCUCUCUUGAAAAGAGUUGAUGGGCUGGAAAAGCGACUGCAGGAUGAAAAGAAUCCCAUCUCGCCGACUUCUCCGAUUAAAAACUCCGAUGAGGAUUCGAUCCCGGCAGAUUCUAUUUCGCGCAGAAAUACUAUCGACUCUUCUUUCUCUUCUGCUUUUUAUAAUAAUAACAGUGACUCGCGGUCUUUGUCGACCCCGGUUUCUAACCCCGGAGAGCAGUUUCAGUCUCAGAAUGGAUUCAUUCAACAGCAGCCUUCUCCGCCGAAUCAGCAUCCCGUCUUGCCUGAUACCCUCUUGGAUGCGUAUUUCUCGCGCCUACACGGCAAACCGUACUUUAUUCUGGAUGAAUCGACUGCACGGCAAUGUCAUCAGAUUGGACAGUUGCCGGUUUACCUAUCCAUGGCUAUUCAUUCCAUUACUCUAAGAUACUCCAGCACUGCCGCCACUCCUGAGCAAUCCCUUCGCACAGGUCUUGAAUACGCCCUUCAAGCUCGGCGCAUGGUGGACAUCGAUAAUCCUUCAAUCGAGGGUCUCCAAACCCUCCUAUUGCUCUGUCAGACCUUUUUCGCCCACGGUCUCGGGAAGAAGGCAUAUAUGACUUUCUCAAACUGCGUCGCCAUGGUCGUCGCAUUGGACCUCUACCGCGAAGUUCCAUCAAAAGCCAAUCUACCCGCCUCAGAACGCGAAAUGAGACGACGCCUAUUCUGGUCUGCCUACUUGAUGGACCGGUUCAUCACUUGCGGGUCGAGACGGCCUUGUCUGAUAUCAGACCACUCUAUCGUUCUCCGUCUGCCCUCAUGGUCUCCCCAUGCGGCCGGCCUCAACGUCGAAGGCGAGGUUUUCAACACCGUAGGCCCUAAUAUCCAAUACUCGUCUGAUUCUCGCCGCAAAGGCCAAGGCGCGGCCGCCCUCUUGAUCGAUAUCACUCGGAUUCUCGGCAUCACUAACCGAUACCUGGCAGCUGGGGGUGUCAAAGGCGACUCACAUUUCCCAUGGCAUUCUCUUUCCAAUCUAUCCAAGAUCCGUCAGGAGCUUGACAUCUGGGCGGCCGGUACGCAAGACGUAUUUGCGUCGAUCGAGGCCUUGUUUGGGCAUCCGGAAAGCACGACUUUGCUUCUUAGCAAGCUCAUCUAUCACCUCGUUCACUGUUUGCUCUACCGACCAUUCCUCCCUAUCGAUUUGGUCGAACUCCGCGGCACUGGACAACAUCAGUCGUGGCAGAUCGAGGCUACGAACUUAUGCUUCGCCCACUCCAACGCCAUUGCAGAGCUUGUUGAACUUGGACGAAGCUCGCCAUUGAUCGAAUGUCCAGCCUUUAUCGGCUACUGCGUAUGCACGGCUGGCACGGUGCAUGUCCAUGGUGUUCACUACAAUGGACGAGAGGGAGAAGUGUUUGCCUCUAGUGCCGAGUUUCUUACCCGGGAAAUGCACCAGUUGACAUGGCUCCGCAGCUACUGGGCUGGUGUGCAGCAUCAGAAGGAGAUGCUGCAGACGAUCUACACAUGUCAUGCGGACUUGGUGAGGACAUUGGCCAGCAGUCCGAUGCGGUUCUCUCCUGUCUUUCACUUGGAAGAUUUCUUAGAUCGGUAUCCAGGUUUGACAGUCGACGGGGCUCAUGUGAGAUUAAUAGAUAUAGCAGAAGAACAGUAUGCUACCUCUCCCGUUCCUAUGCAAUACGUCGAUCGCCAUGACAUGUAUUACCGAUCAGUACCCUACCAACCAGGCAUCUACCCAGUUCCCCCUUCCAACCACACAAUCCCACGACGAGACAGCCAAGGCAUGGCCAAAAACCACCCAAUCCCAGUCUCUCCAACUCUUAACUUCCACCACCCUCAACAAUCUCCCCAACUAUCCUCUAUAUACCAUAUACCCAGCGACCUCGCCCCCGACUCAACAUCCCUCUCACAAGGCUUCUCGCCAUCCGUAUACGGCUUCUCCCCAUCAACCUUCCUCCCCGACUCCACCGCCGCUCUAAAUGUAGCACCCACACCACCCUCAAACCCACAAUACGCAACCUUCCCCUUCGACGCAACCGCUACACCCUCCCAACCAGCUGUCACCCCCGGCGCGCAAUCCCAAGCCAGCGGCUCCCACACAACCGCCGGUGCCGGCGGCAGCGACAACGGAUCCUCCGAAAAAGAUCCCUUCCUAAGCCUCCUCGAACAACUCGCAGAAAACGAGCAGAAUUCCCAGGGUGGACCGAGCGAGUUGGACUUUUUCCUAACCUCCACAGAAGAAGCAGAGACAACAUUAGUUGCUGAGACGGAGGAUGGGACGGGCGAAAAGACGGCGUAG